CACGGGCGAGGCUGCUGCGCGCGCGGGAAGGUUGGCGACAGCACGUGCGGGCGCCGCGUGCAGGGACCGGAGGCGGUUGGCAGACCUGCUCCUCGCGCGCGCGUGCGUCUCGCCGGGGACUCGCCUGCGAGCACAGCAACAAGCCCCCGCCGCCGCUCACAGAAAAACAAGAUCAGAAGCUGACCGCGCGGAGGCCACAGCAUGGCGGUGAGAUGAGACCUGGUGGCCCGCCCGUCGAUGGCAACCCGCUGGUGCUGUUGCUGCUGCUGCUGCCCGUCGCCCGGUGCGAUGGGGCCGCCAAGAGCCGCUGCCCCGACUUCCCCUCGUCACCGGCCUCGGCCCCGUCCUGCCACUGCUACAGCUUCGAGGAGGCGUUGUUCCUCGAGUGCCCCGGGACGAACCUCCAGGCCGUGCGUUCCGCGCUGGAGCUCGUGUCCACUCCCGUCAAGUCGCUCAGCGUGUACGACCUGGACCGCGCGGUGACGUCGCUCUCCGGGGACCUCUUCCCUCCUGCUAGCAUCGUCAACCAUCUCCAGAUCUCGCACUCGAGCCUGAGGGAGCUGCAGGACGACAGCCUGGAGAGACUCAGUCCCGGGCUGGAGUCCCUCAGUAUCGUGUCCGGCAAGCUCUCCCGGGUGCCGCAGAAGGCACUGUCGGGCCUCACGCACCUCCGGGCGCUCGACCUCGAGGCGAACGAGAUCGCCGAGCUGCCCAGCUAUAGCUUCUACGGCAUGAGCCUCGUGAAGCUCAACAUGAAGGGCAACGUGCUGGCGAAGAUAUCCGAGUACGGGUUCGCUGGACUGGAGAGCUCCCUCACGGACCUCGACGUGUCCGAGAACAAGAUCCGGUACUUCCCGAUGGCCGCACUCAGGCGGCUGGAGCACCUGAGCUCCCUCCGGUUGGCUUGGAACGAAAUCGGAGCUCUGACCGACGAUGGGUACUCCCGGCUGGAGUCGCUCCUCUUCCUCGACCUCAGCUCUAACAACUUCGAGUCAAUCGGAUCCGACUGUUUCAGACCCACGCCGGCCCUCAAAACUCUCUCCCUCUACUACAACGCCAUCGAAACGAUCCACAGCAAAGCUUUUGUAUCUCUGGUAGAUAUUGAAUCUUUAGAUAUUAGUCACAACAGGAUUGUCUUCGUCGACCCCGUCGUGUUCCAGACCAACAAGAAACUACGGACUGUGGACCUAAGCCACAACCACGUCCAUUACAUCAGCGGCGUGUUCUCGAACCUCCCCGAGCUGAGGGAGCUCUUCCUGUCAGAGAACAACAUCCUAGAUGUGCCGCACGACGCGUUCACUGGCUCGCACAUGCUGACUGUGGUCUACUUGCAGCAAAACGCCAUCCGCCGAGUCGAUCAGGACGCCUUCCUGACGCUGCCGAACCUCUCGCAGCUCCAUAUGAGCGCCAACUUCAUCCAGGCCAUCCCACGAGACCUGUUCUCCCACAGCCCGAAGCUGUCGUCUCUCAGCCUCGACGACAACAAGAUCGAGGGACUCGAACCUGGCACGUUCCAGAAUGCGCACAACUUGCGAGAGAUAAGACUCCAGAAUAAUCGCAUCGUGUCUGUCACACGUGGCGUCUUCGAUCCUUUACCGUCGCUGCUGGAACUGCACCUGCAGAACAACAUCAUAACAAACAUAGAGUCGGGUUCUUUCAGAAGUUUGCAGAGCCUGCAGCAUGUUAACCUGCAGGGAAACCUUCUCCCAGCUCUAGGAGAUGUUUUCCUUCACGAUUCUCCCUCCCUCGUGUCCAUUCAAUUGGAUUCAAACAGCAUUGUCUCGCUACACAACGACUCGCUCCGUGGCCAGUCUAGUGUGCAGAUAAUGUGGCUCGGACACAAUCGCCUCACCAGAGUAGACAGAAGCCUAUUCAGUGAUCUGUUGCUCAUACAAAGAGUUUAUCUCACAAACAACAGCAUCUUUCUCAUUGAGGAUCGUGCAUUUGAAGCCAUGCAAGCUCUCAAGUUUCUUGAUCUCAGUCUGAACAGACUACAGAAAAUAUCGGUCAACACAUUCGUCGAGCUACACGAACUUGAAGAAUUGUACUUAUCAGGUAACGGACUGCAGUUCAUCGAAGCGAGGGCUCUGACGACUCUGAAGAAGUUACGUGUACUGGACAUUUCUGAAAACAAACUGUUUACCUUGCACGAUGAAAUGUUUCAGGAAGGACUCCCAAUACGUAUUCUUAACUUGAGGAAUAGCUUUGUGCGAGCAAUAGAGAGCAAGACUUUUCAAGGUCUCAAUAACUUAAACGACUUGAACCUCGAAAAUAAUUUACUGGGAACUCCUUCGCUUCUUCAGUUGAAAAUCCCUGGUCUGAGAACACUUUCUAUAUCUGGUAAUAAUUUUAGUGAUAUACAAGAUAGUGCAUUUGGAGGAUUGCCUUCAUUGCAAACACUAGCCCUUAAUAAUGCCCAAAUAUCAGAAAUUCCCAAAAAAUUAUUUUCAAAAAAUAAAUUUCUCCUUAAAAUUGAACUAAAGGGCAAUGUAUUAAAGCAAUUAGACAAAGAACUAUUUGUGUCUUUGAGGUCUCUGAAAGAACUUCAACUUCGUGGUAAUUUAUUUUCGGAAAUCCCGUACAGCGCACUAGCGAAUUCUCCAAUGCUAGAAACCUUGAUAGCAUCUGAAAACUCUAUAACCACGGUAGAUCUUUCUAAAUUCAGUGGCAUGCCGAAGCUACGAGAACUGGACAUAAGGGCCAAUAAUGUUUCGUCACUGACAGGCUUCGCGUCGGCCAACCUAUCACACCUGCUGAAUGUUGACCUGAGUGGCAACUCAAUCGCUGCUUUGCCAGCCAACUUCUUCCACCUGUCACCUCACCUGAUCAGACUCGAUCUCUCGUGCAACAGGUUCCGGCAUAUCCCCACGACGGCGCUCUCCGAUCAGAACCUGCCCGGGCUGGGGUGGCUGAACCUGACGGGAAACCCGCUGACCCGGAUCCAUGACCUCUCGUCCGUCCGCAGGUACCCCAACCUCCAAGAGCUGCACAUCAGCGCCACCAACCUGACAAUAGUGACGAGCAAAGACUUCGAGGCCUUCCCGUCCCUCUUACAUUUGUUUCUCGACAGAAACCGUGUGUCGCGGGUCUCCCCUGGAGCGUUCAAAAGUCUGCCCAACCUCCUGACGUUGGACGUCGGCUUGAACGAGCUGGAACUCCUGCCGCAGGAGAGACUGCAAGGACUACGCCACCUACGACUGCUCAACCUGACGCACAACCAUUUGAAAGAACUGGAAGAGUUCCCCGAGGACCUCGAGUCGCUGCAGAUCCUCGAUCUGUCCUUCAACGAGAUCGCGCGGGUCGGCAAGUGGACAUUUCGCUUCCUCGACAGCCUGGCAGAACUCCACCUCUACGGGAAUUGGAUCUCGUUCGUGGCCAGCGACUCGUUCCGGCCGCUGAAAAAACUCAGAGUCCUGGACCUCAGCCGUAACUACCUGGAGAAUCUGCCACUCAACGCAUUCCGGCCUUUGGAAACACAGAUAAGAAGUCUGCGUACUGAAGAGAACCCCCUGCACUGCGGCUGCGACUCCCAGGAGCUGUGGGAGUGGCUGCGCGACCACCAGAAGCUGCUGGUGGGCGUGGCCACGCGCGGCCUGCGCUGCGAGCAGCCGCCCGAGCUGCGCGGCCUGCUGUUCCUCGACCUGGAGCCGCCCGCCUUCUGCGCCGCGCCGCUCGUCCUCAACGUCGCCAUCCAGGACAUCCAGCCCUUCUCCGUGCUCGUGUCGUGGCAGAGCCGCAACCACACCGGCCUGCACGGCUACCGCGUGUCGUACCACGCCGUCGACGAGGACGACGCGGUCCGCAGCAAGGUGAUGGAACGUGGGUCACGCUCGGUGAAGAUCGGCCGACUGGCACCCGGGACCCGCUACAUGGUGUGCGUGGGCGGCCUCAGCUCCUGGGGGUCGCCGGCCAGGAGGAACUCCUCGGAGCCGGGAGAGCUCGCCGACUCACCCACCACGCGCUGCACCGAGGUGCGCACCUUGGAGGCGCCGGGCGCCGUCUCCGGCAACAGGCCGGGCGGAGCGGGCACCAGCAUCGCCUCCAUCCUGACCCGCCGCCUGGGCCUCAUCGUGGGCAGCUGCAUGGGCUUCAUAGUGUUCGUGCUGCUCGUGUCCGUGCUGGCCUACAUGAAGCUCAAGAAGCGGCGCGAAGCCAUGAAGCGCGACCAGCCGGCGGCACCCGAGUACAUCUCCUACCGGCACUUCUCCAUACAGAGCGGCGAGGUGAGCAGCCACCCGCUCGCCGCCGUCGCCUUCGGCACCACCCAGCUCACCUCCUAG